UUCUGUUUAGGUAGCAGUCUAGCAGAUAAAGAGUGUUGUUCGAGUAUCGGAAGUGGAUGUGUGGUGUCGUGUUUUUUCUCGUAGUGUAUGAGUAAUUAACACCUUUUUCUCAUUAUUUUAAUCGAGUUUAAUUAUCGAACAUUGUCCAAAAAAUAGUUUACUCAGUCGAUUUGUUUACUUCGUACGAUUGCGAAUGCUCUUCCGUUCAUUAUUGUUCUUUAACUAAUUAACCGAGCCGAUUCGUAGAAUUUUUCGAAAUCGUUGCAUUCAGAUUUCGUAAACAAAAUACACCGGUAGCAAUUUUUCACCCGAAGUAAGAAUUUCGUAGGCAACGUGGUGGUGAAAUUUUAAUUUAAAAUUUCAAGGUUAACUACUCGUAAAAAUUCGGUCAUUCCGGCUUUUCUUCUGUCACUUUCGCGUUUUUAUAUCAAUAUUUUAUUUUCUAUUUGAUCCGAGCGCAGUGUUAUAAAAUUUUCAAACGGUGGUUCGUAUCGUUUUCAACAGAUAAACUCACGUGAUAAACUUGAUUGUUCGGUGCUACUGUACUAAACUUGUUCGUGUAGUAAAAUGUACAUUGUCGUAUCUAAUACACAUUUUAGUAUGUAAACAGAGCGUAUAUCAACCAUGUCAACCACUACUAUAAAGAAAUGUGCCAAUCGUAAAUUUUGUACUUUACCGGAAGACUAUCCGUUUAAAAAUGUCAAAUGUCGUUCGACAUUGAUCGGAAAACCAGCAGAUUUUCCCAAAUUAAUCAAAUACGUCGACGAGAAUAUCAUCGGUAGAAAUGUCACGUUUUUGGGACCUUUCGGCAGACGCAAAGUGGUAUACUGCGAUUAUACGGCUUCUGGGAGAUCGUUGCAUUUUAUCGAAGAUUAUAUUUUGAAGGAAGUGUUACCUUUGUACGCAAAUACACAUACGUCCUCGAAUGUUACCGCGUUACAAUCUAGUCUAUACAGACAAGAAGCUAGAGAUAUUAUUAGAAGUGCGGUCCACGCUUCCGAAAGUGAUGCUGUUGUAUUCGCCGGUAAUGGUUGCACGGAUGCUUUGCAAAAGCUCAUUCACGCUUUAGAUUUAGAAAGAGCUCCGGUAGUUUUUGUCGGAUCGAACGAACAUCAUUCGGUUCUACUACCGUGGAGAGAAAUAGGUGCUAAGGUAAUUAGAAUAGCUGAAACUAAAGAAGGAUUCUUGGAUCUCAUCGAUUUAGAAAAUAAACUUCAGAAAGAGAAACAAUUAUUGCUCAAUGGAAACUCGCACGUACAAUUUAUCGGGUGUUUUUCGGCCACAUCUAAUAUUACAGGCAUUUUGGCCGACGAUAUUGCCACGACUGUUUUAUUACAUCAAUAUGGAGCAUUAUCAUUUUGGGAUUACGCUACGGCUGCUCCUUAUGUACCUUUAGAUAUGAAUCCCUUGCUUCCUGGUAAUGAUAAAGGAGUUCAUAAAGAUGCGAUAUUUUUUUCCGGCCAUAAAUUCGUCGGCGGGGUGCAGACUCCUGGGGUACUGGUCGCUAAAAAACAAUUAUUUAAAAGUGAGAUGCUCGAUAGAAGUGCUGAUGGAGCUGUGUUGAUAAACUCGAAGGAAAAUCAGAGAUAUUUUCAGAAUAUAGAAGUACGUGAAGAAAGCGGUAACACCGGAUCGAUUGUUGAUUCGAUUAGAAUGGGACUUGCGGUGCAUUUAAAACAAACUUUAGGACCGCCGAAUAUCAUGUUAAGAGAACAGAAAAUCACCAAGACUGUGCUCUCAUUCCUCAGAACAAUUCCAGAAAUAAUAUUACUCGGUAAUGGAUCUCGCUCGGUGAAAAGGUUACCGAUAUUUUCAUUCGUAGUCAGACACCCACGCGGAGUUUUCCUUCAUCAUAAUUUCAUCUGCUCCGUUUUAAACGACGUGUUCGGAAUACAAGCCAGAGGAGGGUGUGCCUGUGCUGGACCCUAUGCUCACGAUUUACUAGGUAUUGACGAUAAACUAGCCAGCGCCUACGAAGAGGUUUUAUCCGAAGACGAAACGAAUAAGAAUCGUGUUCAAAGUCCAGAAGAACAGCACUCUUGUUUCGAAAUGUUAAGACCUGGAUUUACGAGGAUUUCGCUGCCAUAUUUCAUGUCUGAUGCGGAAGUCACGUUUGUAUUAGAAGCUGUGAAAAUGGUUGCCACCGAAGGAUGGAAAUUAUUACCGCAGUACGUCUUAUAUCCGGAAAUGGGCGAAUGGAAACAUCGCACUAAUUUGGUGUUCCGAGAACGUAAAUGGUUAAAUUCGGUGCGAUUUAUUGAUGGAAAAAUGACUGCCAACGAGAGGAAAAUCUCAGGACAGAGUCCAUUUCCUCAAGAUCCCUCUGAUUGCUUGCAUAUGGCUAGAAAUAUAUUCAACAAAGCUAGAAAAAUGGCUCAUCGCUAUCCCUUAGUCGAUCAACGAGUAAUGUUCGACGAAAAAGCAGACGAACUUCGAUGGUUCAUGUUACCCAGCGAAGCUCAAGAUCUGUUACUCGGAAACUGCCAAAAUGUCAAAACCAAGGUUCCUUUUUCACCCGGAGAGUACUGCGGUACUCGUAACAACAGUAUUAGCGAAGACUCCACAGAUUCGGCGACACCUUUGGUACCCUGCAGUAUUUCUCCCUCAUUAGACUUCGGUUCGAAUUCAUACUACACCAGACACAACAGUCUGACUUCCUUCGAUUCAUCUCCUCUGAAGAGAAGUUCGAGCUUCUUUGCUGAAAAAUCGUGCUCUGAUUGCGGCUGCUUGUCGCCUUUUCAUUCUAAAAUUAAUAGAGAAGCGUCUCCUAUGUCGAGAACUAGAUGUUAUAGUUUGGAAUCGAAUUCAGCCUCGCCUCCUAAUAGACUGCUAUCGUCCGUUGAAAUAAAUGGGCAUUGUUCAUGUGGUAGUCAGACUGAUAUUAGCGAUGCCGAAUCUGUAUCCAAAGCUGAUUUCAGCGAUUUUAGCGAUAUGGGUAUUACAACGCUGUUUCCUACUACUGAAAAUGAAAAUAUAAAGGCCUAUGUAAAAGGAGUAACCGAAGAAUUAGCUUCUGAAAUAAAGACUGAAAUCAGGGAAGUAAUCAACACUGUAGAUAACGUAUUGUCAGAAAGUAUGGAAAAUUUAGACGUGAACGGGAUGUCCUACGAUAAACGAUUCAAUACAGAUUUCCGAAGAACUAGCUCGAUUCCUAUGUUAAUUAAACCUGCCACUACAAAUCAUUAUACGAAACCUGUUCAUAGUUAUAGCGAUAGUGCAACGUAUUGUAAUCAGCCAAUGUUCAACUAUGGUAUGGAAAACAGUCGACCCAAUAGUGCUGGAUUGCGAAAAAGAUUAUACAGCCAAGAAGGUAAAUCAUGCCCCGAAACCACAGCCGACAUGAGCGAUCAAGUAGCCGUUUACUUGGCUGAACUCACCUCUGAAAUGGUCACAGAAAUGAAAUCCGAGUUACGCGAAAUGGUGAACGCUGUCGAUGAAAUAAUCUCGCCCUCAGUUAACGAUAAAAACACCUAUAGCGGUUUCGACUCCUCCAAUUCCAGAAAUCGAACCGUAUCGGUGACUUUACAAGAAGAAUGGGAAGAUAGCGACGAUAGUCAUUCUCAAAACGAAGGCAGUUAUAAAAGCUGCAAAACUGACGCUCUCGAAGAAAUGAAAGUAAUCAAAAAUAAUAACAGCGAUGCUCAAUCCGAAGAGACCAAAUCACUCACUAAAAGUGACAGUUCCAGUGACAGCGGCGUCGCUGAAGUUUGCCCCAAAGAAUCUCCCUCCAAAGUAUCCAAACGUAAGAUUUCAGUUAUCGCUCGCGAAUCCAGAUCGUCUCCUGAUGUCAAAGAAUAUAUUAAAGAAGCUGAAAUUGAAUUGAAAAUCGAAAAUAACGAAGAAGAGGAAAAGAAAGAGAAACCUUUUUGCAUAGAUCAGCGUAAGAGAAGCUUCGAAAGUGUUGCUCUUCAGCCUAAAUGGCAUUGCCCGCCGAAAACUGUUUGGAAACCUACUGUAGAGGCCAUCAGAGAAUUCGACAUGAUAAGAGAAGGCGACCGUAUCCUGAUUUGUUUAUCCGGUGGCAAAGAUUCGUUAUCGUUAUUACAUACUUUACACCAAUAUCAGUAUUAUUCGCAAUCAUACGGCGUUACUUUUACAUUCGGAGCUGUCACUGUUGAUCCUGGAAGUCCUGCAUAUGAUCCUCGCCCUUUAAUACCCUAUAUGCAUGCUCUAGGAGUUCAUUAUCUCUACGAGGAACACAAAUUGUUGGAGAAUUUGGAUGAAACGAAAUGCACCUCGUUAUGCGGAUUUUGCAACCGUUUGAAAAGAAGUCACUUGUAUAAAGCUGCUCGAGAAAAUAACUAUAACGUGUUAGCUUUAGGACAACAUCUGGAUGAUUCAGCCGAGAGUCUGUUAAUGUCCACAUUUCACGACGGUAGAUUGAAAUCGAUGAAAGCUCAUUAUUAUAUCAGAGAACGCGAUCUAAGAGUCAUUCGUCCGUUUAUUUAUGUUCGAGAAAAACAUCUGAGACAAUUUGCUGAGAAUCGUAAAUUACCUGUGAUUGCUGAAAAUUGCCAGGUAUAUUUUGAGACACCGAAAGCCAGCUUGGAAAGACACCGCACCAAGCAAUUACUAGCCCAGCAAGAAAUGUUGAACCCCAAACUGUUCACCAAUUUGAAAUCAGCUCUUCAGCCAUUGAUCAGUUUUAAAAACGUCGGCACGGAAGAGAACAGUUCCACUUUUAAGAAAAAUAACAAAAAACAAACUCACAGCGAUGAAUCCGACUCCAAUUAUUGUGUCAGUUCGGAUACAGAAGAAGACGAGCCGAACACUUGUUGAAAUUUUUUUUCAGUACAUAGACUGAAUUAUACCUAUAAACUUAUAUACUUAGUAAUUUAUAAUUUCGUAUCGCUUAAGAAAAAUUCGUCUAGUUUUAUACCUACCUAUUUUUCGAUAUCUCCUCUAUACGCUUUUUAUAAAAUAUUUAUUUUAAUAGCUUCAUCGUUAUAUAAAUGUUCAAUGUUUUAAAACAUUUUAUGGCUUUGUACGUUCGUAAGAAGAUAAAAAUGAUCCAUGCCUAUGAGUAGGUAUGUGCAUAAGUUAGAGAGUAUUUUAAGCUUUUAAAAAAAGAAAAGAAAAGAUAACCGAAUGUAUAAUACGCUUGGAACGAUUAUAUUUACUCGCAGAAUUACGUAUGUAGAUAUAAGUUUCGAGGGUAUUUUUUUGAUGUUGUGAUAUGAUUUGUGAUGAAUCCUAAGGGCAUAUGAUGUCUCGAACGAGUUAACUGAAGUUUAAUUUUUUUUUUUUUGACAUGAAUUAAGAUGGUAUGUUGACGCAUUCCAGUAUUUUUGAGAAUUUUUUUCUGCGACUGAAACGAGAAAUUUGAACGAUAUGCUAGUCAAGAUUUUCGUUUCGAUUUACUUACUUUAAUAUUUAAGUUGAAGUAAAAAAUUAUAAAUUGGAAAAAUAUUGCGCUUAAAAAUUUUGAUUUCUUUUUUACGCGAUUGUAUUUGAAAAAAAAAAUUAUUUUAAAGGAGUUUGAAAAAUUUCAUUUGUAAACAUGGUUACUUUUCAAGUUACCUGAGAGUUUAUAUAGCAACUUUCGCUGUAAUAUUGAUUAAGUUUUAAUUAUUGUUUCGCUUUGUUUGCCAUAAAAUGUGAUAUCUUUUUUAUUUAUUUUUCCCCCUUAUUUAAAAAGCAUUUUAGUAUUUUUUUUUCUUUCGUUAGGCUAAAUAUGUUCACUUUUAUUAAAUAAAUGUUGAGUUUAAUUUGA